AUGGCGGGAAACGAAAGAGUAAUUGCUCAAAGAGAAAUUCAUCAAACUUUGAGUAAAAGCAACAUAUUUAUGAGGUUGAAUGGUUUGUCUUUCAUCGACGAUCCACCAAAAACGAUUCUUGAUAAGAUUAAGGUAUAUUUUGCGUUUGUCGUGUCAGGCACGGCAUUGUUUUUGAUGUUGGUUGGAGAAUUUGCUUUCACGGCGUCUUUGCUGACUGGUUCUGUGUCCGUGGAAGAGAUUAUCAAAGGUUACGUGCAUAUUGCUGGAUACGAUUCUAUGAGUUUCGGGAAGUUUAUAUUAAUUUGGUACAACUCGUCGGUGUUUCGGAAACUGGUCCAUGAGCUCAGCGAUAUCUGGCCAGUGACCAUCAGUGAUGAUGCCUCAGCCGAGAUUAAGCGGGACAGCCUGAAGGCGUUAAGAGUUAUGCAAAUAUUUUACAUGUUCUGGAACGUAUUUGGCGUGUGGAUGUACAACCUGACUCCGGUAGUGCUCUAUCUGUACCACAUCGUCCGCGGCGACCCUUCGCGGCUGGGUGACAUUUGGCACGUCUACUACCCGUUUGAUACGAGCAAGCGCUUGCCGCAUACUUUGGCGUUUUUCUUUGAGAUGUACGGUGGCAUAUCAUCAGUAAAUGCGAUGCUUAGCGCUGACAUCCUAUUCAUAACUAUGGCAAGCCACAUCAGCAUGCUGCUCCGUCUCCUGCAAGUGAAGAUACGUCUUAUUGGCACCAUCGGCCAAGAUGAACACGUAGAUGAGAGAAAACAAUCUCAACACAGCUAUGAGAUGAUUGUGGAUGCUGUCAAAAUACAUCAAAGGUUGAUUAGCUAUGGCAAUGACUUGGAGAACGCGUUCACCGUGGUAAAUCUACUGAACGUGCUUCUGAGCUCGGUCAACAUUUGCUGCGUUGUUUUCAGCAUAGUGUUCCUGGAACCGGUGAUGGAUAUGUCCAACAAGCUGUUCAUAGGCGCAGCGCUAACUCAGAUGGGGGUGGUGUGCUGGUACGCAGACGAUAUUUAUAGAGCGAGCGCCGGCGUAGCAGACGCGGCUUACGAGAGCGGUUGGUACCGCUGCGACCCGCGAUGCCGCAGGGCGCUACUAGUCUUGCUGCAGAGAUCACAAAGGCCAUUGUACUUCACGGCGUUUAAAUUUCGGGCUAUCACGAUGAUUACGUACAGUUCAAUCCUAACGACGUCAUAUUCCUACUUCACCUUGCUGUAUACAGCGUAUCGGAGGAAUUAGAAAUUGUAUUUCGACGCACAAACAACAUAAAUGAAGAAUGUAAUAUCAGCCAAGAAUAAUAUUUUAA